AUGGUACCAAAUCCUUUUUUUUAAAAAGUUAUAAUUAAAGUUGUUACCUCAUUUGCUAAAUCAUUUCGUUCAGCAUACUCAAGUACAUUAAAGAAAAAUAAUGCAGCUUAAGGGAAGAAAGUAUACAAGUUCGAUUGGAAUGACAUUUUUAAGCAUCAUAAACUUAAUAUAUUGAAUUACUUAAACUUUGAAAAAGUUAAGGCUUUUAAUCCUUUUGAGAAUCUUUAAAAUAAGAGCACAGAUGCUACUUCUAAAAAUAAUAUACAUAAAAUGUCUUAGUUGGAAGCAUUCAAAAUAUUGGGGAUUGAAAGCGAAACUAAACCUACACUCAAAAUGGUUAUGGAACAAUACUUAUUCUUGUAUUCAAAAAACAAACCCGAAAAUGGAGGAUCUGCUUACAUCUAAGCAAAAAUUUUGAACGCUAAAGAUAUGCUUGUUGAAUAGUUAGGAGGAAAUUCUGCUGAAAUGUAAUGGAGAGAAAUUAAUGGAUUUUUAGAUGAUGAAAACUUAGUUUUUGACAAAAAACCUGAAGCUAAAAAGGAUGUUAAAGAUGCUUAAGAUGAAAUAUUAGAAAGUACUUUAGAAAGUGAAGAUGCCAAUGUUAAUCAAGAAGAAGAACUAAAAAAAUAAGAAGAAGAACUAAGAAAGUAAGAAGAAGAACUUAAUGAGAAAUAAGAUAGUGAUGAAGAAAGCUCUGAUGAAGAAACUGAAACUAGUGAAAAGAAAGAAGGGGAAGAGGAUUAAAAUAAAAAAGAUAAUUAAGAGAUCUAAGAAAAUGAUCCUUCACUUGAAGGAGAAUUUGGUAAAUAUAGCGAAGAAAAUCCUGAUGAGCAUGAAAAUCAUGAAAAAGAAGAACAUUAAAAUGAUGAAGAAGUUGAGGAGCUUAUGAAAACUUUAGAAUCUUAAAAUGAAUAACCAAAAAAAAAGAAAUGA